GACAAAAUGCCAAAUCGUACAUAUCCUAAGCGAGCUGAUGUAGCUGAAAAAGAAGCUUGGUCUUGGUUUGAUUCUGUAUCUCCAGAGAACAUUGCUGAUGAACAACUCGAUUUGGCUUAUAGAGUCUCAUUAAAUAUUUGUAAAAAUUGCAAGCGUAACUGCAGCUAUAAUCCUCGAUGUUUGGUAGGACUAGGCGAAGAAAAAUAUCUGAAAUCCCUGCCCAUAGAAACAGCGACUUUAGAAGAUUCAUUAGACGAAUUACGAGACCCAACUCAGUACGUUGGUUUAAAAAAUUUAGGAGCAACGUGUUACGUGAACAGUCUCAUUCAAGUCUGGUUUCACAAUGAAGAUAUGAGGCGAAUAAUCUACAAAUGGAACAUAACAGAAGACCCAGAAGAACGUGAGUCUCUUCGUCGUUCCCAAGAAAAAAAUUUACCCUACCAACCAGUAACAGUAGUUGGACAGCUGCAGUAUAUAUUCGCGAUGAUGCAGUUUGGAAAUCGGCAGCUCCUGGACCCAACGAGUCUCGCAAGAGCUCUGUCUCUUGACACCGGAACCCAGCAAGAUGCUCAAGAAUUUUCAAAAUUACUUCUCGCCCACAUAGAAGGUAAAAUCCAGCAGAACCAUCACCUGAAAACCUUGCUUCAGCGCCUGACUCAAGGAACAUACUCAUACGUAAACCGCUGCUCGACUUGCAGCAGCGAGUACGAGACCCCGACAACUUUCUACGAACUAGACCUCCAGCUAGCCCCGACUCUCAAGCAAGCAAUCGAGAACUACCUCAGCGAGGAAGAUUUAUCCGGCACCAACAAAUACCUCUGCAGAAACUGCAAGGACAAACGAGACGCCAAGCGUUUUAUCAGGCUCAAUACUUUGCCUGACACUCUCAAUUUCCAGCUUCUGAGGUUUGUUUUCCACCGAGAGUCCGCGCAGAAAAAAAAAUUAACAUCCUCGAUUUCUUUUCCCGAAGAACUGGAUAUGUCAGAAUACUUGAAUUGCCCUGCUGGGACGCACUUGUACUCGCUGGUCGCAGUUUUGAGCCACAAAGGUCCUUCCACCCACUCAGGGCAUUACAUUGUAAAUAUUUGCAAGUCUUCUGACGAGUGGUACCAAUUCAGUGACGAUAAAGUUGAGCGCCUGCAGAACAAGCGCAUUGAGGAUGGGAUCAAUGAUGGAGGUAAAGUUAAGCGCACCAAGAUCGCAAAGGGAUGUUUGACUUCAAACAGUGCCUACAUGUUGGUUUACACUAGGUCGAGCAGCAAAGGACGAACUGGGUCGGAUUUAAAUCACAUUGAGAAAGAUGAGAAAGAAAAAAUUAAAGAAAAAACAAAAGAGGAGCCGAUAGAGUCUAUUACUGGUAAUGGCACUAAAAGAAAGGAACCUAUGGAGCUGGAUGAUUCUCCAACGUUGUUCAGCCCGACUAAAAAAUACAAAAGUGAGGAUGAUUCUCACUCUGAACACAAUGAAUCAGUUGGUGAAGAGCCGAUGGAUGUUGACGAAAAUAAUGUCCAGGUUAAGGAUAAGCUGCAAGUUGUAAGAAAGAUUGAGUUUGAUGAUACUCAUCACCAACAAGCUAAUAAUCAUGAUAAUGAUAAUGAUAAUGACAAAGAUGGUUGGGAGAAGAAUUACCGAUCGUUGAAUGGCGACGCACAUCGCGCUAUGAGCUGUCAGAAACGCGAUCAGUAUGUGACUCUGGGGUUUGACAAGUGGGAGCUGAGCGAGCCAUUGAGGCAGAUUGUCCGACAGGAGAAUGAUACGUAUGAAAAUAGCUUGCUGGCUAUUCAGGCGGAUAAUAUGAAAGAGAUUGAGCACCAGAAUAUCAAGAGGCAGGAAGUUAUUGACUUGUACGGGAUACUUGGUAAAGGAGAGUGGGAAGAAUAUGAGUGGAUACCUACUGGCUGGUUGACCAAAUGGUUCACUGACCUGGCUGGUUGUCCAGAAGCUGCGGUUCCUGUUGAUAAUUCGGUGCUGAUGUGCUCGCACGGGAAAGUGGACCCGCUUAAGAUAAACCGGGCGAAGUGUGUGCCAAUAGAAGCUGCUGAGAUGAUUUUUAACAAGUAUAGAGGCGGUCCCAGGAUGGACAAAAGGUCGCUUUGUGAAGCCUGCGUGAAGAGACGAUGUCGCGUGUUGAGGUUCCAGGCUCAGCUGGAGAGAGACAGGAAAGAGGUGAUGGAGAUUAUGAAGCAGGUGAAGGAGUUUAAUGAAGACUGUUUUCUUGUUGGUGCUAAUUCUCUGAAAAACUGGAGACGCCUGGCUAUGGAUUUGUUGGAUGAUAAGGACAAUCAGGAAAGUGAUGGUAGUUAUGUGGAUGAACAUGAGCACCAUGAGGAACAUCAUGAUGCUGAUGAUGAAUCGGAUAGGAUUCUUAAUUUUAAUGAGGACUUGCAUUGCGAGCACGGGAAACUUAGGACUCCUGAUGCUGGGAGGAAAAUUGUACCUGCUGCGGUAUGGAGUAUUUUGAAAAAGUAUUUUCCUAAGGCUACUGAGUAUCCCUUUGGCGCGCAAAGCUGUUCUACUUGUGAGCAGAAGGUUGAGAAUGCUGAGAAGACUAAGAAGGAUGAUAAGAUUAAAGCGAAGAAUCAGAAAGAAGAGCUCAAUGAUUUGUAUUUUUUGAAGAAUAGGGUUGAUAUUACUAAACACGAAGGAGUGGAGUUUUAUAUUGUUGAAAAAGGGUUCAUGGACUCGUGGAGAUCGUUUAUUCGGUAA